GAAGGACGGGCUCGAAGAUGGCGGCGCCGGAGGAGCGGGUCCUCUCGGAGGGGGAAGGCGGCGCCCUGGGCUCGGCGCGGCUCUCCCCGCCCCCGGUGUCGGAGUCUCCCGAGGCUCUGGCUCCCUUGGAGCCGCCGCCUCAGAGCAACACGCUCAUAGGGUUGCCCAUCGUGGCGAUCGAGAGCAUCCUCAGCUUCCUGUCCUACGAUGAGACGAGCCAGCUCCGCCUGGUUUGUAAGCGGAUGGACUUGGUUUGCCAGCGAAUGUUAAAUCAGGGAUUUUUGAAAGUGGAAAGAUACCACAACUUGUGUCAAAAGCAAGUUAAAGCUCAGCUUCCAAGACGGGAGUCAGAAAGAAGAAACCAUUCAUUAGCUCGUCACGCAGACAUCCUUGCUGCUGUAGAAACGAGACUCUCUCUGUUAAAUAUGACUUUCAUGAAGUAUGUGGAUUCCAAUCUCUGUUGCUUCAUACCUGGAAAGGUAAUAGAUGAAAUUUAUCGUGUGCUAAGGUAUGUAAACUCUACAAGAGCUCCUCAGAGAGCUCAUGAAGUUCUUCAAGAACUAAGGGACAUUUCCUCCAUGGCUAUGGAAUAUUUUGAUGAGAAGAUUGUUCCAGUACUGAAAAGAAAGAUACCUGGGUCAGAUGUAUCGGGACGUCUGCUAGGAACUGCCCCAGUUCCAGGGACUUCUGCAGCACUGACAACAAUGCAGCUGUUUUCCAAGCAGAACCCUUUGAGACAGGACAUCACCAAACUCCAGCAGCAAGUAAAAACAAACGGCACGGGCUUGACGGCGCUGAAGCGAGAGAUCUCAGAGCUUCGCAUCAAAGUGCAAGAGCAACAGAAACAACUCCAAGAUCAAGAUCAGAAACUGCUAGAGCAAACCCAAAUCAUAGGUGAACAGAAUGCCCGAUUGGCUGAGCUUGAACGCAAGCUGCGAGAGGUGAUGGAGAGUACAGUAGGAAAUUCUUCAGGUUCUGGCUCAAAUGAACAAUCUUCUGGGAAACGGAGGAAGGCGGUUGAACCCACAGACUGUCCUAGGAAAUCUAAACGCCUUCGAAACAGAAAAUAACUUGGGAGAAAAUGACACCUUCAGGAGGAUACACUGCUUUAGUAGCCCAAGCAGGUCUGCUUGUUUGGAUACUGUGACUAGCUUCAUGGUGUCACCUAGUCUGCUGGCUCUUCAAAACACCACUUAGACUUGAACAGUAAUUUUCUUUCAUUGAGACUUUUCCCCUGCUUUCUGUAUGGGUCGGCCUAAUGCACAGAAUCUUCUAAGAUUUGCAAUAGUUACAUACUAACCAGACCUGCUCCGUUACGUUUUGAAGGGUUAAUCUUUUUUUUCUGUGCAGAUGUGUUUAAAGUAAACUUAUUUGUGUUUAUGCAUAUGUUCACAUAAAUCUUAAAUAAAUUCAGUCUUAACUGACUAAAAAGUUAAGCGUAAAAACAAAUGUCCUGUUCACUUGAAGGAAGAGAUCCACUUUUAAAAUCUUGUUUUAGAGAACUUGACCUUUUUUGUUACAAGUGACCUUGUCUGGAAUGUCUGAAAAGUAGUUAAUACUUUUCGGGAAUCUCUGUAAUGAGUAAAACUGACUUCUUAAGCUAC